CUUUUUCUCGGUUUAUGUGCAAGGCCUCUAUAUCCGGAUCUAUACCCAGAGGCAUACUGUACCAUCUUGACGCUCUUCAUAACCAUUUCCAUAUAUUCUUGAGAAAGUGUAGAGUAUCCAGCUCUCUACCCAAGAUUAGACCGACAAGCCCACAAUGAGCUUCGUCAAAUCAUUGUUUGCCUCUCCAGAGGUCAAUCCGAGUAAUCGAAAAGCCACGUCAAUACCCAUCCUCAAUCCUUUCGACCGAUAUGGACGGGUAUUCUUCUUCUCGUGGAUGGGAUUCAUGGUCGCGUUCCUCUCGUGGUAUGCGUUUCCACCUCUGCUAAGCGCAACAAUCAAAAAAGACCUCAACAUGACAUCCGCACAAGUGGCAAACUCAAACAUCGUUGCCCUCCUCGCAACACUCCUCGUAAGGUUCGUGGCCGGCCCACUGUGUGACCGAUUCGGACCCCGUCUGGUCUUCGUCGGACUGCUGCUCUGUGGAUCCCUACCAACAGCCAUGGCGGGCCUCGUCACUACUCCCCAAGGCUUAAUCGCGCUGCGGUUCUUCGUCGGCAUCCUGGGCGGAACGUUCGUUCCCUGCCAGGUGUGGUGUACGGGGUUCUUUGACAAGAAGAUUGUGGGAACGGCUAAUUCCCUCGCUGGUGGAUGGGGUAAUGCCGGUGGUGGAAUCACAUACUUCCUCAUGCCCGCUGUCUUCGACUCCUUGGUUCAAUCCCGAGGCUUGUCCCCCCAUCAAGCAUGGCGCGUAGCCUACAUUGUCCCCUUCAUCAUUAUCGUGGUUGUCGCCCUGGGCAUGCUCCUCACCUGCGACGACACCCCAACAGGCAAAUGGUCAGAGCGCCACAUCUGGAACAGAGAGCACGACCACCCCAAGGACAACAGCAUCAACAACGACAUCGUCGACAUCGUCCCCUCCAGCGAUCCAUCCAGCCCCCCCUCCCUAAACAAAAACACCCCCACCACCGACAUCGAGAAAAAAGCCGGUACAGGCACAGACUCCCCCAACUCAUCACUUGCCCCAGAGAACGGGAUAGUCACCAACCUCGACGCCCUCCGCACAGCCGACACCGUCAUCCCUCUCUCCCGCAAAGACGCCUCCAAAGUCCUCCUCAGCCUGUCCACCGCAGCAGUAGCAAUCCCCUACGCGUGCUCCUUCGGCUCCGAGCUAGCAAUCAACUCCAUCCUCGGCGACUACUACGCUGCGAACUUCCCGCACCUCGGCCAGACGCAGUCCGGACGGUGGGCCGCCAUGUUCGGCCUCCUCAAUGUCGUCUUUCGUCCUGCGGGCGGCUUCAUCGGGGACAUUCUCUACCAAUACACGGGGUCCGUGUGGUCCAAGAAACUCUUCCUCUCCUUCCUGGGCGUCGUCAUGGGCGCCUUCCAACUAGCAAUGGGGCUCUCGGACCCCAAGAGCCAGAGCACCAUGUUUGGUCUCACUGCCGGACUAGCCUUCUUCUUGGAAGCUAGUAACGGAGCGAACUUCGCCGUCGUGCCGCAUGUGCAUCCCUUUGCGAAUGGCCUCGUCUCAGGCGCAGUAGGCGGAAUGGGAAACCUCGGAGGCAUAAUCUUCGCUAUCAUAUUCCGAUACAAUGAUUCGGACUAUGCCCGCGCGCUCUGGAUUAUCGGUGUGAUUUCCAUAGCGGCGAAUGUGGCUGUUGCUUGGAUUCGACCUGUGCCGAAGGGCCAGGCGCUGCGGUAGCUGGAUUUCUUUGUUUCUUGUCUUGUCUUGUUUUUCUUAGAGAUUAUGUCAACUCUUGUGUUAUGGGUUUUGCGUUGGGUUAUGUGUAUCUUAGUUAAUGAUGGUAAUGAUCCGGCGCUGUUGGGUUUGGUUGAUUUAUUUUCUCAUGACAUUUUUUGGUCUGUGUUUGAGGUAGAGAUAGAUGAGUGUGACUAUCUAGGCAAUAGGUAGGAAUAGGAAUAGGAAAACCGUUUCCUGUC